GCUGUGCGCCCGCGGCGUGAGGCGUGGGAGGGAGCGCCGCCCGGCCGUGCGCGGCGCCGCCUCGCCGUGGUCCGCCGUCGCCUCCCGGCGCCCCGCGCGGUCCGAGUUUUCUGAGGACUAUGGAAAGAGGAAUGAGAAAUUAGGAGCAUUUCCUUUAGACCAACGUUUGAUGUUUGAUUUCUUCACAGAGUUAGUGUGGCCUUCGGAACUAUUGCGGAAGCAGGAGAAGAUUCUGUAACUGAGAGGCAUUCUGCGAGCUGCUGGAAAAUAUUACAGAAGGAGCACCUCCCAAAUUUUGCUUCAAGCUCUGACAGAAGGAGCGCACAGGGGAAACUUAGUGUGGCUGUGGAUCGAAGCGAACCCUGUGGGAGCGAUGAACGGGGACUUGGUGCGCGGACGCCUGGCCUGAUCUUGAGAGGCCUGAGUUUAUGUUGCUGGAACUGGCGGGCCGAGAGGCCCUGAGACCAGCAGGUGCCGUCUGUAUGGAGAAGAGCGGCUGUAGUCCAUUUCCAAUGUGUUGGGCUAAAGAUUAUGACAGAUACAUAGCAUCUAGCAAAAUAAUGGCAGCUGCUUACCUCGACCCAAACUUGAAUCACACACCGAAUUCAAGUACCAAGACUCACCUGGGUGCCGGGGUAGAACGCUCCCCGGGGGCAAUGGAGAGAGUGUUGAAGGUCUUUCAUUAUUUUGAAAACAGCAGUGAGCCAGCUACUUGGGCCAGUAUUAUCAGGCACGGAGAUGCUACUGAUGUCAGGGGCAUCAUUCAGAAGAUAGUGGACAGUCACAAAGUAAAGCACGUGGCCUGCUAUGGAUUUCGCCUCAGUCACCUGCGGUCAGAGGAGGUUCACUGGCUCCAUUUGGAUAUGGGUGUCUCCAAUGUGAGGGAGAAGUAUGAACUUGCACACCCACCAGAGGAGUGGAAAUACGAAUUGAGAAUUCGUUAUUUGCCAAAAGGAUUUCUAAACCAGUUUACUGAAGACAAGCCAACUCUGAAUUUCUUCUAUCAACAGGUGAAGAGUGACUACAUGUCUGAGAUAGCUGACCGCGUGGACCAGGACAUUGCUUUGAAGCUGGGCUGUCUAGAAAUACGGCGCUCAUACUGGGAGAUGAGAGGCAAUGCGCUGGAGAAGAAGUCUAACUAUGAAGUGCUGGAAAAAGAUGUUGGUUUGAAGCGAUUUUUUCCUAGGAGUUUACUGGAUUCUGUCAAGGCAAAAACACUAAGAAAGCUGAUCCAACAGACAUUUAGACAGUUUGCCAACCUUAACAGAGAAGAAAGUAUUCUGAAGUUCUUUGAGAUCCUCUCCCCAGUAUACAGAUUUGAUAAAGAAUGUUUCAAGUGUGCUCUGGGGUCAAGCUGGAUUAUUUCAGUGGAACUGGCAAUCGGCCCAGAAGAAGGAAUCAGUUACCUCACGGACAAAGGCUGCAACCCCACACACCUGGCUGACUUCAAUCAGGUGCAGACCAUUCAGUAUUCAAACAGCGAAGACAAGGACAGGAAAGGAAUGCUACAGUUGAAGAUCGCCGGCGCCCCCGAGCCUCUGACAGUGACAGCGCCAUCCCUAACCAUCGCCGAGAAUAUGGCUGACUUGAUAGAUGGGUACUGCCGGCUGGUGAACGGGGCCACGCAGUCUUUUAUCAUCAGACCCCAGAAAGAAGGUGAACGGGCUUUGCCAUCGAUACCAAAGCUGGCCAACAGCGAGAAGCAAGGCGUGCGGACACACGCGGUCUCCGUGUCAGAGGAAAAUGGGAACGGGAAGCAUCUUCUGUGGCCCCAAGAAACAGAUGAUUAUGCUGAGAUUAUAGAUGAAGAAGAUACCUACACCAUGCCGUCAAAAAGCUAUGGAAUAGAUGAAGCCAGGGAUUAUGAGAUUCAGAGAGAAAGAAUCGAGCUUGGACGCUGCAUCGGGGAAGGCCAGUUUGGAGAUGUCCAUCAAGGCGUCUAUAUGAGCCCAGAGAAUCCAGCUUUGGCGGUUGCAAUUAAAACAUGUAAAAACUGUACUUCGGACAGCGUGAGAGAGAAAUUCCUUCAAGAAGCCUUAACAAUGCGUCAGUUUGACCACCCUCACAUUGUGAAGUUGAUUGGCGUCAUCACGGAGAACCCCGUCUGGAUAAUCAUGGAGCUGUGCACGCUUGGAGAGCUGAGGUCAUUUCUGCAAGUAAGGAAGUACAGUUUGGAUCUAGCAUCUUUGAUCCUGUAUGCCUAUCAGCUUAGUACAGCUCUCGCGUAUCUGGAGAGCAAAAGAUUUGUGCACAGGGACAUUGCUGCUCGGAAUGUUCUGGUGUCCUCAAACGAUUGUGUAAAACUAGGAGACUUUGGAUUAUCCCGAUAUAUGGAAGACAGUACUUACUACAAAGCUUCCAAAGGAAAAUUGCCUAUUAAGUGGAUGGCUCCAGAGUCCAUCAAUUUUCGACGUUUUACCUCAGCUAGUGAUGUAUGGAUGUUUGGUGUAUGUAUGUGGGAGAUACUGAUGCAUGGUGUGAAGCCUUUUCAAGGAGUGAAGAACAAUGAUGUGAUCGGUCGAAUUGAGAAUGGGGAGAGAUUACCAAUGCCUCCAAAUUGCCCUCCUACCCUCUACAGCCUUAUGACGAAAUGCUGGGCUUAUGACCCCAGCAGGCGGCCCCGGUUCACUGAGCUCAAAGCUCAGCUCAGCACAAUCCUGGAGGAGGAGAAGGUGCAGCAAGAAGAACGGAUGAGGAUGGAGUCCAGAAGACAGGUCACAGUAUCCUGGGACUCCGGAGGGUCCGACGAAGCUCCACCCAAGCCCAGCAGACCCGGUUACCCUAGUCCAAGGUCCAGCGAAGGAUUUUAUCCCAGUCCACAGCACAUGGUACAAACCAAUCAUUACCAGGUCUCUGGCUAUCCUGCUUCACAUGGGAUCCCAGCCAUGGCCGGCAGCAUCUACCCAGGUCAGGCAUCUCUUUUGGACCAGACGGAUUCAUGGAAUCAUAGACCACAGGAGAUAUCAAUGUGGCAGCCCAACAUGGAGGACUCUGCUGCGCUGGACCUGCGAGGGAUUGGGCAGGUAUUGCCGACCCACCUAAUGGAAGAGCGGCUAAUCCGGCAGCAGCAGGAAAUGGAAGAAGAUCAGCGCUGGCUGGAAAAAGAGGAGAGAUUUCUGAAACCUGAUGUGCGGCUCUCUCGAGGCAGCAUUGACAGGGAGGAUGGAAGUCUCCAGGGCCCGACUGGAAACCAACACAUAUACCAGCCUGUGGGUAAACCAGAUCCUGCAGCUCCGCCAAAGAAACCGCCACGGCCUGGAGCCCCUGGUCACCUGGGCAGCCUCGCCAGCCUCAGCAGCCCCGGGGACAGUUACAAUGAGGGCGUCAAGCCAUGGAGGCUUCAGCCCCAGGAAAUCAGCCCCCCGCCCACUGCCAACCUGGACCGGUCCAACGACAGGGUGUACGAGAAUGUGACGGGCCUGGUGAAGGCUGUCAUCGAAAUGUCCAGCAAGAUCCAGCCAGCCCCACCGGAGGAGUAUGUUCCCAUGGUGAAGGAAGUCGGCCUGGCCCUGCGGACGUUACUGGCCACUGUGGACGAGACCCUUCCGGUCCUGCCGGCCAGCACGCACCGAGAGAUUGAGAUGGCCCAGAAGCUGUUGAACUCCGACCUGGGUGAGCUCAUCAACAAGAUGAAGCUGGCCCAGCAGUACGUCAUGACCAGUCUCCAGCAGGAGUACAAAAAGCAGAUGCUGACCGCUGCUCAUGCCUUGGCCGUGGAUGCCAAAAACUUACUCGAUGUCAUUGACCAAGCGAGACUGCGGAUGCUCGGACCAACGAGGCCACACUGAGGGGCCCUCCUUGAGGACAUCGUCCCGCGUUCCACCAGCAGCGAGGGGCCCCGUGGUCCCCGGCCGCCGGCACUCACCGCGCCAACGGUUGUGACUGACAGCUGGUUGAAAAUCUCUUUCAUAUAAGUUUAACCACAUUUGAUUUGAGUUCGUUUUUUUUGUUUGUUUCUUUUUUUUUUUUUUUUUUAAGUCAUGGUGUUCAGAACAGCCCAGGAUCCAAAAUGUGGCAUUUUUCUGAGAAUGAAAAUUGUUUGUGAGAAGCUUUUAAGAAUCCUGAAGAACAGACCACGUUCACAUGAGGGUGUGUUUCCGUGGAAAUGGCCGAGGUGGCAGCGUGUGGAUCCUGAUCCAGCCCGGCUGCGUGUCAGGAGACAGGGGACGAGACAGAGAGUUCCGGGAAACCCCAAGGGCUGAGAAUUCUCUGGCGAGCCCCAGGGUCAUGGCCCAGACUGGAGUCUCUGUCGUGAGAACACUCUUGAGUUGCAAUAUUGCUGACACCACUUUACAAGAAAGAAUAUCAGAGCUAUAUUUUGAAGACUUGAGUCAUUUCAGAAAAAAACAACCACCCUUUUGUCUUUCCUGCCUUUUCCUUUCCUGUUGGAUAUGUGAAGAUUUGGUUGGAAGCUAGCUGUAGAACACACUAAAAACUUUGUCUUUUUUCACCAGAAUAAUGUGCCAGUUUUUUGUAGCGAUGUUAUUUCUCAUGGAAGCAGAAAUGCUUUGUACCAGAGCACCUCCAGACUGCACUGAGAAGGGGCUCUGCAGCCAUCCCUGUUUCCAGUUUUAUAUAAUUUAUAAAGAAAGAUUAAAGCCAUGUUGACUACCUUGCAGCCACUGGAGCUAACGAACCCUUCAUUGCAUCUGUCUUCCCAGGAGAGAAUUCAGCAAAGCAGAGAGAUUUGGUUUUCUUUUGAUGUGCAGUUACACCAUCCAUUCUGUUAAAUAAUUUUGAAAAAUAUACCCUCCCUUUAGUUUGUCGGGGGAUAUAAAUUAUUCUCAGGAAGAAUAUAAUGAACUGUACAGUUACUUUGACCUAUUAAAAAGGUGUUACCAGUAAA